AUGGCCCAGCUCAACGCAGCCUCCGAACGGGUGUUGGGACAGAUGAAGUAUCCAGCAUUUCAUCUCUCGAGCACCGACACUGGAGAGAAGUUUGGCCUGCAGUACGUUGAGCCUGGUUGCCGCCCAGUUCCUGUGGACUGGGACAAGCACAGGACCAAGUCGGACUCUGCCCCCCCCGGCCCUGAAUCCACCUCCUCAAAGCAGCGUGCCUACUGUCCAGUCAUCCUCACCCUUCAUGGCACCACAGAAGCUGUUCCAGUUUCCACGCCCUGUGGAUUCUGCUGCUGUCAAACCAGACAAACAUGUCGGCCGUCUGCGCUGCUGUCUCGCCGACUGCCGCUGCACUGGACCUGUGAAGACAGGGGAGUGUUUGUGUUGGACCACAAGCGGUGGCCGGCCCCCAUGAAGGCAACUAUUGACAACCUGCUCAAUAAACACCGUGGCAUGAAGGACAUGCUCAAGCUAGUGGACCAGGACUAUGCUGCUCUAGUUCACAACUCUUGCACAGACCCAAACAGCAUGCUCCACCCAACAACGAAACACCACAUCUUACAAUACAUUAAACACCUCUGCAAAUUACUGAACACCAGCUCGUCUUUAAACACCAGCCCCGAAAAACUGCAAGAGCGGCAGGAACUCUGGCACGCUCUGACAAAGGGCAGCGAGACGACCCGGGUGCCGGUUGUAACAAUGCCUGUUGCAGUCGUGAACCCACCUCCACCUCGUCAGACCCUCACUAAAGCCUCUAUUGAGCAAAUUGUUCAAAAUCUAAUCGAAAAACAACAACAGCAUCAGCAGCAACAACAACAACCAGUGGCUUCAAAGAAGCAGACAAAAACGUGCCUUUCCUGUGGUCAGCCAAAGUCCAGGAACACAGUUCUUUCAGCAGGAACUGUCUGCCACGAAGAAAAGGGUGUUGGAGAGAGGCCAGCAGAAGAGGAAGAGGACUGA